AUGAGACCUGUCGCCGAGGCUGAGAAGCACUGGCGUCAGCUUGACGACUUCCACUCUCUCACCGAUCUCAAGAUCCAUGUCUCUUCGCAUAAAGAGCCACAGAUAACUGCAAGCCUUCGCUCGGUCUGCUGGAAGAUCUUUCUCCUCUUCAAGACGCUCGACCGUUCGUCAUGGCCGAAUCACCUUGCCGAUUCGCGCAGGACAUACGACUCGCUCCGUUCACACUACUUGCGCGCCAUCGAACAUCCUGAUGAGCUUGAAUCAUCGGUAGACCCCCUGAGCGACAAUGACGAGUCCCCAUGGUCAGCCCUCCGAGCAGACGAAGGCUUACGCGCCGAGAUCUUCCAAGACAUCGAGCGAUGCAUGCCAGACAACGUCUACUUCCGCCAGCCUGCGACACAGAACAUGAUGUUAGAUAUAUUGUUCGUAUGGUGUAAGAUGCACCCAAGUAUUGGCUACAGACAAGGCAUGCACGAAGUGCUAGCGCCUCUGCUCUGGGUUGUCGAACGAGACGCCGUGGAUGUGAGCGCGAAAAGCGCUGUCGAUCAGACUCUUGCAGAUAUGCUCGACUCGACCUACAUCGAACAUGACACACAUACCCUGUUCGCACUCAUCAUGCAGACCGCGAAAUCGUUCUUUGCGCCAGCAGAUCCCAAGUCAACAUCUAAAGAAACGCCAAUGCUUGCUCGAAGCUCAAGGAUCUUCGACACAUACCUACCGAAGGUCGAUCCAGAGCUACAUGCUCAUCUGACGCAGCUGGAUAUUGUCCCGCAAAUCUUCCUACUGCAAGUCAUCCGCAGUCCUAUUAUUGCUUCACUAAUGAGAUGUAGACGAUGGAUACGCCUUCUCUUUGGUCGAGAGUUUGAUCUCGAUUCUGUCUUCGACAUGUGGGGCGCUCUCUUUGCCAUCGACUCAUCAUUAGAGUUGGUCGACAUGAUCUCGAUAGCGAUGUUACUCCGAAUACGCUGGGAGCUGAUCGCAGCAGAAACCAACGAGGCGUUUGCCCUGCUAUUACGGUAUCCGGAGCCCAGCGCGCCAGCUUACACCUUCAUCAAGGAUGCAUUAUAUUUGCGCGAUCAUCUCACCCCUCAGGGUGGCGCCGAGAUCAUAACACGCUAUGGCAAGCAAGCACCAUCGAUUGAGGCCGAACCAGCUGCGAGUAAUCGUGCACCUUCACCCGCACUAUCUUUCGCUUCAAGUCGCACUAGACAAAGCGUGGGCUCUCCAAAGAGCUUCCUAGGCCCGCAAGGAGCUGGACUGGAGGCAGUGUUGCAAGGUGCUGCCAAGAACGUUCUUGAACGGGGAUCACAGUGGGGCGUUGGAAGAGCCCUGCGAGACGCUGUUGGUGAGGUGCGAAAGAACGUGGAAGCUUACCAGAACGGUGCAACUUCAGGGCAAACCACGCCAAGGUCUGGAGGAAGAGAAUUCCGAGCACCUGGAUUGCUGAAUACGGCCGCAGCCAACCACCGCCCUGGCCUAGAUCGAACGCACUCUGCCAACGCGCUGAAGGAGAUCGCAGAACUAGAGAGGAGAAAUAAGAACUUGGGCAAGAUGUUGGAAAGCGCUGUAGCUGAGCUGUGGGAGCACCAUCGAGAGCAGACAGAAAAUCAAAAACCCAAGGAUGAAGAACACAGCAACAAGGCGGCAAUGGAAACACUGAGCCUUGCCAUCGCAAAGGUGCAUCUCGUCCAGGCUUAUCUCGAGGACUCGUCAAUUCCGCUUCCGGUGGACGAAUCAACCGAUCAAGCAGCUACAGCAAAUGCAGCCGCAAGUCUGGCUCCGCCAUCGCCCGUACCACCUGAGCCUACAGUAGUUGCACCGCCAACUGCCAGCUCUACUGUUUCUACAUCGGCACCGAUAGCCACAGAGACAUCACAAAAACCUUCGUCACUUACCCCGCAAGCCUCCCCUCCAACUUCCAAGCCUCCCUCAGCGAAAACUCCAGCCACCUCACGCCUGGCCCCACGUUCACGUCCACAAUUGACUUCAUCAAAUUUCUCUUGGAUGUUGGGUGAGGAGUCAGCCUCAUCGAACUUCGCCUCUGGCACUGCACAUUCAACGUUUGCUUCGGAUGAGAAGCGGCGCAUGAAAGGGAAGGGCUUCUUAUUCGGGGAUGAAGAUGAGGAUGAUAGCAGUGCAAAGGAAACUAAGGGCAAGAGAGGAAGUCUUAGUGGGAAAGUUGCCACGAAAGGCGCGAAGGCCAAAGGGAAGCAUGUCCCAGAUGUGGAAGUUGAGGAAGAGGUCAUCAACUUGGAGGAUGUUGGCAGGAGAGGCGUCAUCUAG